AUGAAAAAUAUUGAAGGGCAUCCUCUUCAUCGUGUUAUUGAAUGCAAAGUAUGGUUUUGUCAGCGGUCGCUGUCUUUCCCGUAACUUCAUUACUGAACUGAUUAUGUUUAGGAAAACAGAAGCCAAUGUGUCACUGUGGUAGUAUCAUCAAGGGAUUGCGGGUAUAUGGCCUUUGCAACUCCCGAAGAUCACAAACUGCCAUGGCAAUGUUCGCUUAAGGUAUUUUUUUAUUUUUUUAUUUAGUCAUCAUUUUUGUUUAGAUCAAGGAUACUGUGGAAAAGUUUGCAAAAGAAGUAGUGGGCCACGGAAUGUCUAAGAUCUAUGCUCCCAAAAAUGUCCUUGUCUUUGUGUCAUCUCAUGAUUUGAACAAGGCUAUGAUCGACCCCCUUCCCAGUGAAUACAAAGGUUCAGGUCAACCCCGGAAAGGAGAGCUUAUGUUGAUUCCCGUCAACUUUACAUCAACGCCAAAUAAUGGGCCGGUUUUUAAUGGGACCGAUAUAUUCUCAAGUUUCUAUGGCGAUGUAAGUAAUGUCUUAAUAAGCAGUGGUGUGUGCAUUUAUAUUAUAAUAAUAACAUACUACAUAUAAUAAGAUCUUAUUAUUGUUAUCUAGUUGUAUGUCCGGAAAGAAGGCAGCCAAUAUAAAAGUUGUUUGCCUCCUUCAUCCACCCACAGACCGUACGUUUGAUUUGUCGUUUUUACUCUCUUCUCUAGAUACAAUUGUUACAUUCGUCAGAGCCAACUAUGUGUGAUGAUAUCCCGGGAUGUAGGAUACACAAACUUGGUGCGAUUAGAGAGCAGAAACGGAUGUGCUGCAAUAGAAACUGGAGUAGACCCAGGAGAUGAGUGGAAGUCUUUCUUUGUUUAUGGAGGCCUGUUUGAGAGGAUUUCAGCACCUAAUAGAAAGGAGACCGGCCCAAAAUGUUGUAAAAUAAAAUUUGGUGUAUUACGGGAAGAAACAGGAAUGCAUGUUAUCCAAAAUGAAGUGUGGUGUUCCUGUAAGUCAGAAUUGUUUGACUUUAAUUACAUGCUCAUCAUUCUACAAAUGUUAUUGACUUACAGCUACGAUAAGCGAGGAGUUUAAGAAGGAUUUUUCAAUUCAUUGCGGUCUUGAAUCCAACGAGUGAGUACUCUGAAAUACAUAAAGUACCUAUAGAUCGCCUAUAUUUUCUUAGCAUUACGCUUGAAUCCAUCGCCACUCUUUGUGAAUAUGAUGUUACCUAUGAUGUUCAACACAAUAGUUUUAAAGUCAUCAAUGCGCGGCCGCUUUACAAAGUAGCCCCGAAAUACUAUGAGAACGUGUGCUUCUAUUCGUCUACUGUCAGUUCAGAAAACAAGAAGUAAGUUCUCAAAAGGUAUUUUGAAUUAUUUUAAUCAUUCUUUUAAGCCUAAUCAUGCCGCUUUACAAAUGUCAUAUAAGAGUUGAUCACGAGUUCGUGGUAAGUAAUGAGAGACUUUCCAUUGCUGCUAUUUGUAGAAUGUGAGUAUCGAUGAGAUAUCGAAUAUAAUCGGAGAGAAUAUAAGAGAAACAUACGACCGCGAUUUUGACAAUGGACGGGUCCCCAGUAGACUGAUAUCAUCUGCGGCCAGUGUAAGUUCAUAUCUUUUAAACAUACUUCCAUUCCAGUAUCAUAAGACAUGUUUGCACACCGAUAUGAGCAUGGAAGAGAGAUUUUGGAGCGUGGACUUUAUUCUCAGCGUUUUCUGCUACUUUGUUCACAAAUUGGAUGAUUACGAAAUAAUUCAGACAGGUAAAAUAGAGUGAAUUACUUUUGGAGAAUGCCUGAAAUUGUUUUUGCAGGCAUCUACCUCCCAGCUCAAUACAACUACAGUCUGAUAAACAGUCGGGCGUCCCCCCAGGUCCAAUACAUCUGUGAUCCAGAUAACUGGACCCCUGAGAACUGGAUCGAUGGAUGUUUUUGCAGCUUUGGUCACUUUGUCCCUGCAGAGCAAGGCCCUCAGAAUGCUUGUUGUUGCUCUGUUCUCAAUUACCGUGACUUUAUGCAUGCGUAUCAGAAGGCCAUUCACAGUCUCCCUAAGGGAAAGAACAGGAAUCGGACUUCAAAUCAAAGCGAAUAA